CAAUUACUCCAGUCCUGAGUCCAGUCCUCUGCUGAAGUUGACAAGAAUGGAGAACCCGAGGGUAGACGAGCAGCCCCUGCUCGUGGAGCGGGACGAGAACGCGGCGGCGUGGGAAGUCAAGCGACUGCUGCGGCUGGCCGGGCCGCUGGUGGCCAGCGGCGUCCUCCGGUGCGCGCUGCAGCUGGUGUCCGUGAUGUUCGUGGGCCACCUCGGCGAGCUGCACCUCGCCGGCGCCUCGCUCGCCACCUCCCUCGCCAACGUCACCGGCUUCAGCUUGCUUGUCGGCAUGGCGAGCGCGCUGGACACGCUGUGCGGGCAGGCGUUCGGCGCGCGGCAGUACCACCUCCUCGGCGUCUACAAGCAGCGGGCGAUGCUGGUGCUCGCGCUCGCCUGCGUCCCCAUCGCCCUCGUCUGGGCCAACACCGCCCGGAUCCUCCUGCUCCUCGGCCAGGACCGGGCCAUCGCCGCCGAGGCCGGCGCCUACGCGCGGUGGCUCAUCCCCGCCCUCGUCCCCUACGUCCCUCUCACGUGCCACAUCCGGUUCUUGCAGACGCAGAGCAUCGUCGUGCCGGUCAUGGCCAGCUCCGCCGUCACGUCGCUGAGCCACGUCGCCGUGUGCUGGGCGCUGGUUCACAAGGCAGGCAUGGGGAGCAAAGGCGCGGCGCUGGCAACCGCCGUCUCCUACUCCACAAACCUGGCCAUGCUGUCCCUGUACACGAGGCUGUCCGGUGUAUGCAAGAGGACGUGGACUGGGUUCUCCAUGGAGGCCUUCAAGGAGCUACGCCAGUUCGCGGAGCUGGCCGUCCCGUCCGCCAUGAUGGUUUGCUUGGAGUGGUGGUCGUUUGAACUGCUUGUGCUGCUGUCUGGUCUUCUGCCUAAUCCUAAGCUUGAAACCUCAGUGUUGUCAAUAUGUCUUAACACCGGUGCUCUCAUGUUCAUGGUGCCAUCUGGUCUCUGCACAGCCAUAAGUACACGCGUUUCCAAUGAACUUGGCGCCGGUAGGCCUCAGGCAGCGAAGCUGGCAACUAGACUGGUCGUAUGGAUGGCGUUGUUUGCAGGCACAGUGAUCUCCGUCACAAUGAUUUCUCUACGCAAAUUUUGGGGAUACAUGUACAGCAACGAGGAAGAAGUCGUGACAUACAUUGCCAGGAUGAUACCUGUCCUCGCCAUAUCUUUCUUCAUAGAUGGAAUCCACACAUCUCUUUCAGGUGUGCUCUAUGGAUGUGGUGAGCAGAAGAUUGGUGCGCGUGUCAACCUGGCCGCGUUCUACUUGGCAGGCAUCCCCUUGGCCUUGUUGCUUGCAUUUAUCUUGCAUAUGAACGGGAUGGGGCUUUGGCUCGGCAUCGUUUGUGGCAGUCUCACGAAGCUUGUGUUGCUCAUGUGGAUCGUACUUUCUAUAAACUGGGAGAAGGAGGCAAUUAAGGCAAAAGACAUGGUGUUAGGAUCUUCUCUUCCGGCUGCAUAAAAAUAAUACCAUACCGCGGCAAAACAUCGCAUUUUGUGAUACGAUCAAACAUGCUGGCAGAUGAAAAAAAAAAUAUAUACAUAGUUAUGCCAUUUUGCUUUGAAAAGCAAGGAGAAAAUGUGGAUAUUGGUGACUAAGAUUAUAAUGUAACCAACAUAGUUAGAUAUUGUCUAUUGUUUUUUUUGAGCGAGUGAUAUUUUCAAUUCUUUUGUAAGCAAUCAUUUAUUCCUAUAAAUAUUUUUUUGGUUCUC